CAACUAGUCUGUGUCUGUGUCUGUCUGCCAAAAUGACAUAUGAUGUGAUACGAUUGCGUCUUCUUCCAGAACCCAAUAAUACUUGUUAUUAUUAAUUUUUAGGAACAAAUAACGUGAUAGGAGGUUUUGAUUGCGGCUUGUUGAUAUACUGGAGAUGAUUUUAGAAAUCGGCUGAGGGUGUUACCUGGCCUAAUGGAGGAUAGCGCUAGUGUCAAAUCAAACGAUUCCACAGCGGUUAGUGACGAGUAUGAGUUUGUAGCUAGUACAGUUUCGUCACUACCACUUCUGAAGAUCACUGGAGAUAACAGCUUGGAGGCGAUGAUGGGCGAGGUGCUGGGUGAGAUGGAUAUAGACAAUAAACUUCAACAGACUCCAACAGAAGCAAAGCCGCGGACCUAUAUUUUGGAGUCUAAGCGAUUCGAGACUGAUGAGCAUCCUCUCAGUGAGGAAGAGGUGGAAGAGAUAGAAGAUGUGUCCCAGGAUUGCACAAUAUUCAAUGGUAUCUCGUAUUUGGGUUCAGCAUCGGUCAACGCUCCCAAAAGUCAGACUGAGACAAACCUUAACAUGGCCAUACUCAAUGAACAAUCUCACAACCAAGAAGUCAUCAAAGUCAGUGUCUCAGUGCCCAGCUGCUCUGACGGUAGUGUUGUAUUGUAUGAUGCCGCCACGGGAACAGUUAUGGCCCGGUAUGAGAUUCACCGAAUCGUGUUCUAUGCCCAUGGCUUAGCUGAUUCCAAGGAGACUGCGUGCUUCUCAUUUACGUACACCCAGGGAGGAACCAUCGAGUCCUACAUCUUUCAGUGCCAUGUCUUCAGAUGUGACAUACCAGAGGCUGUAGGGCAGGUGUCCAGUUGUUUCAACAAGGCAUUCCAGCGAGUACCUCGCUCCAUGACCACCUCAGUACAGGGAGAGUUGCUGUCAGCAGAUCAAGCAGAGCUUAUGAGUCGAAGUGGCAGUUUGCAGAUGUUUGUCUUCGAGGUCACUAUGGAAAUCAAAGAAGAGGAUGGCAGGGGUGGUUUUAGUGCAGUGCCCAAAGAUAGAAAUUGUUUCAAACUGAGAAUGAACGUGGAAAAGCAAGUAUGCCUGACGGUUCAACAAGUGAUGGGAGACCGAGAUAAGGACCAGGACAUGGAGGUUGAAAGGUGUUUUGGAGUUCUUAUCAGUCCUGGUCGCAAUGUCAAACACAGUGACAUGCAACUAUUGGAGAUGGUAUCGAUGGGAUCAGGUAGUGUAAACGACAAGAAGUGCUACGUCAUCACAGGCCAGUGCAGUCCACGAGAGAACGCGUUUGAGCCACUGAACGUGGAGACACCACGUGACACCAGAAUGUGGCUAACGGUGGCAGUGGACUUAGUUGUACGUGGGAUCAAGGAACCAGUGAGAUUAGUGCUGGAGACACAAGUCAAGGUGUUUCCGGCUGCAGAACGCUUUUGGACCAUCAAUCGCCGCCCACUUGUUCAGCAAUUCACCCUCAACCUCAAGGAGGUGUUGAGUCCAGAUAUCAAUGAGAGCACAUAUGAAGUAAUCAGUAUUGAACCAUCAGAACCUUCUCCCGACUUGGACCACAGAAACCGUCUAAACUUAACUCUUAACAAUCUGGCCAGUUUCAUUCAAUCUCCCAGUGUUAAUUCUAUUGACACUCUCACACCAAAAGAGGAGGAGUAUUGUUCAGAUGGUGAUGAGCCUAUCCUCAGUGGAACAGGAGAGGUGAGCAAAGACUGCACUGAAGUUGAGUUGGAGUACUGGGCAGAGGUUCUGGCGGCCUGGACUACGCCGGGGCAAAGGCCUCGCCAGCUCUCAGCCCUGGUACGCAAAGGUAUACCGGAGGCUCUGAGAGGGGAGGUGUGGCAGCGGCUGGCCCAGUGUAGUGGGGAUGACAACGUCAUGGACCUGUACAGGAUACUCAUCACUAAGGAAUGUAGCUGUGAAAACGUGAUCAAACGAGAUAUCAAUCGUACGUAUCCAGCCCAUGAAUUUUUCAAGAAGGCAGGUGGAGUGGGACAGGAUUCUCUGCUUCGAAUUUCCAAGGCAUAUGCAGUGUACGACACUGAAGUCAGUUACUGCCAGGGCCUUAGCUUUCUGGCAGCUUCCUUGCUACUUCAUAUGCCAGAGGAACAAGCAUUCUGUGUAUUACUAAAGUUGAUGUAUGACUACGGUCUUCGAGAUCUCUACAAAGAUGGUUUUGAGUGUCUUUACUUGAGACUGUACCAACUAAACAGACUGAUGGAGGAGCAAGUGCCAACACUAUUACAGCAUUUCUCAGACAAGGGAGUGGAGACUCACAUGUUCGCCUCUCAAUGGUUUCUGACUCUCUUCACAGCCCGCUUCCCUCUAUACUUUGUAUAUCUCAUCCUUGAUGUGUUUCUGCUUCAAGGAACUGAAACUUUGUUUCAAGUUGCUCUAGCUCUACUCAUUAUGUAUAAAAAGGACUUAAUGCAACUAGAUUUUGAAAGCAUUUUGAAAUAUUUUCGGGUAACAUUGCCAAAGAGGUGUCUCAACGAGGACACAGCCAGACAACUGAUGAAAAUGGCUUGCAACAUAAAGAUCAAGAGACUGAAAAAGUACGAGCAAGAGUUUUUGGAGCUAAAAGCUCACCAAGAUAAAGAUGACCAGUAUGACAAUGAGGUCGAGAGGCUCAAAACCAAUCUGCAGCGAACUGAGGAUGAGAAGAAACGGCUGGAAGAAGAAUUGUCAAAGGUGAAGGAAAUAUUGAAGAAAGAAGUUCAAAAGGCUGAGAAUGACAGCAACCGUCACAUAUCAAUUAUUUCGGAAUAUAAGCAGAUAUGUCAAAGACUGGACUGUGAGCAGUUGGCAGCUAAGGCAGCUCUAGAUCAGCUUAAGGUGAAGGUGGCGGGUUGUGAGCGUUGCAGAGAUGCAGCAAACUCAUCCGUGAGUCAGGCUGCAGGAGACGAGGCCAGUCUCACUCAGAGGAUCAAGGAGUUGGAACUGGAGUUGGCCAGGACCAAAUUGUCACAGGUGGAGGCGGAGUGUCGCAACCAAGACCUGACCCAUCAGUUGGCUGCAACAGUGGGAGAACUACAAGCACUCUCUGCUCGCAAUGCCUGGCCUCCCUGGCUCCACAAGACACUGAGUGAUAACUUUGAUGGUAACAGAAUGUUUGUUGUAGGACCUGACCCAUCAGUUGGCUACAACAGUGGGAGAACUGCAAGCACUCUCUGCUCACAAUGCCUGGCCUCUCUGGCUCCAUAAGCCACUGAGCGAUAACUUUGAUAGUAACAGAAUGUUUGUUGUAGGACCUGACCCAUCAGUUGGCUGCAACAGUGGGAGAACUACAAGCACUCUCUGCUCGCAAUGCCUGGCCUCCCUGGCUCCACAAGACACUGAGCAGCAUCAAAGAGGUUGCUGUCACCAAGAAUGCUGUUCAUCGCCGUGACUCAGCACCCAGCGAGCCUGUCUCUCGCGAGGAGUCUGCCUUCUAAUACAUUACCCGUAAUUUCGUUUAGUUUGUAGCCUAAUUUAUUAUAUACAUGUUGACAGAGAUAUAUAUAAUAAAUAUAUAAGAAGUGCAAUGUCAGGAUGGAAUGAGUGAUGCCCUCCAGUAAUGUAUCGCAUUUAGCUUACAAUGUGUUAGUAGCACGUAGUACAGCUUUAUAUAUAUAUACUUUAAUUCAAAUGUAGUUACUAUCCAACAAUGUCCUCUUCUUCUUCUUCUUGAGUACUGAUGGAACUGUUGUGGAAAACAAUAUUUUCUUCUGUUUGCCAUUGUAUUUAUCCUAUAUGUAUAUACUUCAUUUGAUGAUUCUUGCAAUUUAAUAACUAACGUUCAAAAUAAAAUAUUUUUCUUACAUGUUUUAUAUAUUAUUUGUAUCUCUAUUUUUAUCAUAUUUAUUAGUAAAUUUAUAUUAUUAUUAGUUACUAAAAUCUUGUUCAUUCAUACUUUUAAUUAUUUGUUGUAUUUUUUAUCUUUACUUGUUUUAUAUUAAGUAUUCAAUGUUUGUAUUAAUAUUUCCAAAAUAAAUUUGAAAAGUCAAAGUAAUACAUAAACCAUGUUUGAGCCGAAUACAAUACAAGCCAAAUUUGUAGAUUUGUGACAGGUAUUAAUUGAUGAGAGGAAAUCCUGUUUUGGUAUUACUUAAUAGUAUUGUGUAUAUAUAUCAAUGUUAACCUGACUAUAUGUGAGUUUAUGUUAAAAGUAUGAUUUUUUACCAACACCCAAAGUAUUCUAAAUUUAACAACUUUACACCAGGCUUGUUACAGACACUAAAAUAUGUCUUGUUUAUAUUAUUUUAUCUGGACUUAAUUUUUCAAUUUAGGUGAAUAGUUUAUCAAUAGUGAAACAAUUAAUAAAAGUACAAAACUUGCGAACACAGAGAGAAUCAAAAACUAAAAAUAUAAUAUCUUCUAAAUUAUCUGUUAUUAGUGGAGAAUUUAUUUGACUCAGAAUUAACCGUAGUAGUUAAAGGUCUCCCUCCCAUUAUAUGAUCUAAUGUAAAUUAUUAUAGGUAAAAAGUGAGAAUAAGGGCAAUACAUUAAUUCAUGCAGUCUGUGGAAAUACGUUAGUACGUGGAACAUUCUCUGCAGCAUUCUUCUAUGUUAUGUUCAUGUUCAAUCUACAUAUCUUUUUUCUACAUACUAAUUUUACAUGGUUUCUAUUCAAAGUACUUGAUUACAUAAUUAAUUUGGCAACUACUUACUAAAUAUUCAGGGAGUAUAUUGUGCUAUCAUCUACCAGAAUUUCAAUAUCGUAUUCCAAAGUGUGUGACUGUCAUGGCCUUUCAAAUUAAUUUUUCUCUUGUAUUGUUUUAUAUAUACACACAUAAAUCAAACCUUAGUUAAAUUAGACACGGGUAAAAAAGAAUAAGACAAAUCAGUUUUAAAUGUAUUUAACAACUAUUAGUAAUACAAAUAUUUUAUGUAACAAUGAAAAUAAUAAACACUUAGUUCACAAAUUAUUUUAAUUUUAAUUUACUUUCAAACUUAACCUGGUUUAAAAUGAAAUUUUACGUUUAUUAAAUUUUAAUUAUGUUUUGCUUUUGUAAAAAUACUAGUUACACUCCUAACAUAGUUUUACUUGUAUCUUGCACCUUUAAUUUUUCAUACUCAGAUGCGCUCUCUAUCUUUAAAAAAAAAUAACGCAUUUACUCUUCUUGGGUGAUAGCUCAGAAUAAGACAAGAUGUAUAUAUUAUUCAAUUGAUUUAAGAGUGUAACCACGUCAAACUAAGUUGUAUUAUUUGUAGAAUAGUUUAUCAACAAUAUUUCUUGUUAUUUAAUUUUUAUCUUUUUUUAAUACAAAACGUGUGCACUACUAUGCUUUCAUAAUGUAAUAUAGAAAGUCUAGUAUUAUUUUUUGCUAUAAAAUACAUGUGGAAUAAAAUACAUUCAAAAUAA